AUGUCAUCCCUCCUAAAGGAAGACAUGGAGAAAAAACUUUUCAAACCUCAAGGACACACUUUGCAUGAGUUCAUCGAGACAAAGUCUAAAAGCAAGGAGAGGUUUUAUCUCUGUGCCUCAGUGGCUAAGGAAGAAGAAGUUCAUAUAUCCUUGGUGAAACACUACAGAGCCUGUUUAGAUGAAAAAUAUGAAGUGGCUGACAUGUGGUUCCUAAAAGAUCUCAAGUUCAUUGAUGGGAAGGAACCAGACACUGAUAACCCAUAUUUCGACAUGAUGUUUGAAGAACUGUGUAAUGUGGAAGCCUACAGUUGUGCCUCCAAGUACGCCUUUGCCCGAAGUUUAAUUAAAUUGAACACUCUCCACACAAAGAGGGACAUCAAGGUGUUAAAUUUUGAUUCCUCCUACAUAGAAGAGGGUUUCAUGUGGUCUUCAAGCAACGGGGAUUGUUUAGUACUUAUGAGAAUAUGUUUUUAUGCAUCUAAUCUUCUGUGCUUAUCUUUAUGUCCUAUGCCGUAG